AUGGCGGCUCAACCAGCAUCCAAGCGUACAGCAUCAAGCGAGUGCCGGUUUCUCAAGCUCCCACGGGAGCUGCGCAGGGAAGUCUACGAAUCGGUUGCAGACUCAGUGCCGGAGAUCAAAAUCCAGAACAACGGCAAAGUCUCACGCCCGACUGCGGAGCACGCCCUGGCCUACCCUGAGCUCAAACAAGAGAUUCUCUCAGACUUCCAGAACUAUAUCAAGUAUAGAGCGAAAGCCUUCAGCCACGACGUCUACGGCUACGACUUCCGUCAACUCCAAGCUUUUCUAUCGUCUUCCGUCACGUCCGUCCCGGGUGUGCGCAUAAGCAACAUUGGAGCCGAGGGGACCUUGAAGAAGUUCAAAAGGGUCCUGACUCGCGUCCGGGACAUAGAGGCCCAGUUCAGCACGGGCGAAAAUGAAGCACUUGGUGAUAUCAGGGACAUCGAAUGGCAUCUUAGCGGCCAGAUCGAGCGAGUGAAGAACAACAUGGUCAUCGAGUUCCUCUCGAGCACCGACGGUAUCACUGGAGCAGAGGAUCCAGAUUAUCUGGUGUGGAGAUGCUUUGGCGACUCUAUCUGA